CAAAGCCCAUUCUGAGGCAGGGUCUCUAGGUUCUUGGUUUACACCUGCAGGCUGACCCACAAACUAGAGGGCAGCUUGUUGGACUUUGGAAACACUUAAAUUAGGGGGGAGAUGGAAGCUCAAUCCCAAAGGGACAGUAAGAUGAGCCUAAGGUCUGGCGGGACGAUAGCUCUUAGCGUGUAAGGAACAACAGAAAAAACAAAAUAGUGUUUCUGUCGGUGUGCUGGGUGAGGAGGGGAAACAGCCGGAAGAGGAGAUCCGAGAAGAACUGAAGGAGCCCACGAAGCACGCAGCUCCUCGGAGGAGCCGGGGAUGAUCACGGCCCAUAUCCUCCCGCCACAGCGCAAGCCGCCCGGGCGGUCCCGGCCGGCAGAGGGCAGCAACUGGGCGGGCGACGCCUGGCAAGGGCCGCCCCGCGCUGACCCGCUCGCAGGGAUCCUCAUUCUGAGCGCGGGGCGAGGGGGACUCGCACCCACCGCCACCUCUCCCUGACCCUCUGGCCACCACGCACCUCGGCCCGGCUGAGGGGAGUCGGGGGGUCGGGGGAGGGGGCGUAGCUGCCGAGAGCCUGGCGCCCCUGCCCGGAGGAGGAGAACGGAGGACGCCCUCCCGGGUCUCCGGAAAAGAAGGGGGACGGGGUUCGGUGGGCCCUGGGACGGGGAUGGGAGGGAACGUGGGCGACCUGGGAGCCGCCCUCCGCAGCCUGGACUUUCCUGGCCUCUUUCCACUCCGAAGCACGACCGGGCCGCUCCGGUCUCCGCCAGCCCCUGCCAGCUCCGCUUCCGGGGGCCACGACCCCCGCUCGACUUCGGCCGCAGUGCGCCUCCCGCCGACUCUGACCCAGUGACCGGGAGACCAAGUCCGGCUGGCCGAGGCCCGCGGGCCGCGGCGCAAGUUCACGCUCCCGCCGUCGAGGACUGUAGAGGCAGCGUGGGCGUGGGCUGGUCCCCGCGGCCGGGGGGCGGGAGCGUCGGGCGGAAGCGUCGGGCGGACUUGACCGUGGGCGCCAAGCGUCCAGGCCGCGGGGCGCGGGCUUUAUGUAAAUGGAGGCUGCGCCGGGCGUCCUAGGUAGGAUGGACCAGCCCCCCGCGCCUCGGCCCUCACGUCCAAUAAGAAGAGCCCCAGCUUGACACCUGCCUAUAUACAGGCGAGCGCGCCCCCGGGCCGCGGACCGCGCGCACAGCCCGCACUGCCCCACGCCGCGGGCUAGGGACACCCGGCCCGACACCAUGACUUCCAGCAAGAUAGAGAUGCCCGGAGAGGUGAAGGCCGACCCCGCCGCCCUCAUGGCGUCCUUGCACCUCCUGCCGUCGCCCACGCCCAACCUCGAAAUCAAGUACACCAAGAUCUUUAUAAACAACGAGUGGCAGAACUCAGAGAGUGGGAGAGUGUUCCCUGUCUAUAAUCCAGCCACAGGAGAACAGGUGUGUGAAGUUGAAGAAGCAGACAAGGCAGAUAUAGACAAAGCAGUGCAGGCAGCCCGCCUGGCUUUCUCUCUUGGUUCAGUGUGGAGAAGGAUGGAUGCUUCAGAAAGAGGACGUCUGUUGGAUAAGCUUGCAGACUUGGUGGAACGGGACAGGGCAGUUCUUGCAACCAUGGAAUCCCUAAAUGGUGGCAAACCAUUCCUGCAAGCUUUUUAUGUGGAUUUGCAGGGCGUCAUCAAAACCCUUCGAUAUUACGCAGGCUGGGCUGAUAAAAUUCAUGGGAUGACCAUUCCUGUAGAUGGAGACUAUUUUACCUUUACAAGACAUGAACCCAUUGGAGUGUGUGGACAGAUCAUCCCAUGGAACUUCCCCCUGCUGAUGUUUGCCUGGAAAAUUGCUCCAGCUUUGUGCUGUGGCAAUACAGUAGUUAUUAAGCCAGCAGAGCAAACACCACUCAGUGCACUCUACAUGGGAGCCCUCAUCAAGGAGGCUGGCUUUCCUCCCGGGGUCAUCAAUAUUUUGCCAGGAUAUGGGCCAACGGCUGGGGCAGCAAUAGCUUCUCACAUUGGCAUAGACAAGAUUGCAUUCACAGGGUCUACUGAGGUUGGAAAGCUUAUCCAAGAAGCAGCUGGAAGAAGUAAUUUGAAGAGAGUAACUCUGGAACUUGGAGGCAAAAGUCCUAAUAUUAUUUUUGCUGAUGCUGAUUUGGACUAUGCUGUGGAGCAGGCCCACCAGGGUGUGUUCUUCAAUCAAGGUCAGUGCUGCACUGCAGGCUCUCGCAUCUUCGUGGAGGAGUCCAUCUAUGAGGAGUUUGUGAGAAGAAGUGUGGAGCGGGCCAAGAGGCGCAUAGUGGGGAGUCCCUUUGACCCCACCACUGAGCAGGGUCCCCAGAUUGAUAAGAAACAGUACAACAAGAUCUUGGAACUCAUCCAGAGUGGUGUGGCUGAGGGUGCCAAGCUGGAAUGUGGAGGCAAAGGACUGGGCCGAAAGGGGUUUUUCAUUGAGCCCACAGUGUUUUCCAACGUCACUGAUGAUAUGCGGAUUGCCAAGGAGGAGAUCUUUGGCCCUGUUCAGGAAAUUUUGAGAUUUAAGACGAUGGAUGAAGUUAUCGAAAGAGCCAAUAACUCAGACUUUGGACUCGUAGCAGCUGUCUUUACUAAUGACAUCAACAAGGCCCUCACAGUGUCUUCUGCAAUGCAAGCUGGGACUGUUUGGAUCAAUUGUUACAAUGCCUUAAAUGCCCAGAGCCCCUUUGGGGGAUUCAAGAUGUCUGGAAAUGGGAGAGAAAUGGGAGAAUUCGGCUUGCGGGAGUACUCAGAAGUUAAGACUGUGACAGUAAAGAUCCCCCAGAAGAACUCCUAAGAAGGCCAAGAAGGAAGAUGAAGCCCAGCCUGCACAUCUGUCCCUCUCUGCUUUCUCUGUAGGGCCCAGCUCUCAGGUAUACAAAGUUGAGCCACGGUCCUUAUUUAAAGAUUGAAAAGAUAACAUGUAGGCCAGGCAGGUCACUGCACAACUAAAGCAAACCAGCUGGGUACAGUUUCUUGGCACUCUGUAAGGGGCCACCUUAAUCAUACCAAAUAUCGGGGAAAGUGGGAUAAAGGGAAGAGGAGGAGCUAGCAGACACAUCCAGUAUCUCUUUCUGGAGCACAGGAUGAAAUAAGGGAGCUGUAUUAUUUCAUGCCUUUGUCACAGAACUUUCCUCUUAAGGAAAGGUGACCUUUCUACUGUCUUCAUUUUCCUCCUUCCAGGCCCUCCUCGCUCACCCACCCCUCCCUCUCUUCCAAAGAGAUCUCAGCUGAGCUCAUUUUGGGGCAGAUGUUUGGGCCGGGAACAAUUUUCCAAGGUUUUAAAGCCAAAUUACCAUUUCAUGUUAUCCAUUUCUUCAAAGCAAAACAUGAAAUGGUUUUAGCUAGAGUCAGACCAGAAUGAAAAUGCCGGGAGCUGGUACACUACAGAUGUAAUAAGAACCUGGGAUAUUCCUGACCCAAUCUGGUUUUCUUUUACCCAUAAAUAACAUGAAUGAAAAAAGAUUGGGACAAUAGAGACUGGAAGUCAUCACGUGCAGAUCGCAGCUUCUGAGCUUGCUGCAGUUUUGGGGUGUGUGUGUGUGUGUGUGUAGUGGAUUCCUUCCUUCUCAGUUAUUCUGGAAUAAGGCAAGGAGUGGGUUGUUUUUCAUAGCUAGAUAAGAUCUUUUCCAAAGUUUUUCUUAGAACCAACCAAAAAACAAUCCGAGUAGACCCAAGAAUUUGAUAAAGCUGGAUGCCUUGCAGACUUCAUUCAGCUUCUAAUAUUGGGCAACAAUUAUUAUUAAAUGAAUUAUUUCUGUAGUUGGAAUCUGUACCUUCUGAACCUCUACACCAAUACCUGCUAUUCCAGUGCUGCACGUGUGAUUUUGGUCUAUCAUACUGUACCCCUACAUCUAUCAUAAUGUGCCCUACAUCUAUUGGCAGUGACCUUGGAAAAUCUGGCCAAGCCUAGGGGUUUCCUUUUCCAUUUGCCGAGUUCCAUUGUGCCACGACUGCCGUGCUCCACUGAGCUCCUCUGUCACACCCAGUGGCUCAUCCACAUACCAUUCUUGCCCCUCACUGAGCAGGCCAUGGCCUACAGCUUGGGGGGAGUAAAGCAGGUCCGCCUCCCUUUCUUCCCAACCACAUACUCCUCUUGUGCUUUCCAGUGACUCCACCAGUUUAAUGUGGGAAGUGUUAGCUUCCUUUCCUUCUUCCAUCCCUUCUUCCAUCUUUCCAGCUGUCAAAUCCAAUCCAGUCGCUAACCUAGAUGCAGAUCAUUUAUUUAAAAGUACCAAACAUAACCCAGAGUAUGUGGAACAUGGGCAACAUAUAUAUAGCCUUCUGUAUUUAACGAUUUUCUGCUUCUUAACCGUACCACUUUUCUAUUUAUAACUCUUAUCUAUCCAUGAUGUUUUAAAGUCUCCACUUGCUGUUAUUUACAAACGACAGUGCAUUCAGCAGCCCAAUGCUGCGAGCCCUGACAGAUGCCGUAUUUCUGAUUGCUUCCAUGUGAAUGCUGCCCUCCUGUAGCAUGUGUCCAAGUGGACAUAGCCACUAACCAACUAGUUACCUUUGGACUGCAACAUAAACUGUGAAAAUGAAGAUUUAUUUCUUUUAAUUUACUUAAAAAGAAACCUCUGUGCUAGCAAUAAAGCAUUUAUAUUGUGUA